AUGGCUAACUUGAGCCGGAUCGGCAUCGUCAUCAUUGUUUUCGUUGCUCUGUUGCUCCAACUACCUAUCGUCCAGAACUUCGUAACGCUCCUGCGAUUAGGCCUCGGUUUUGGGAAGACUAUUCAGCCCAUCGGAGACUUUCAACACCAAUGUCGUCGGAUCAACCAUGUACAUCUGCAAGCUUGCGAGGACAUGUGGCUGUCAGAGGCCACGAGACAACUGUUUCUCGGGUGUUCCGAUGCCGGAUCUCGUAGUCAAUGGGUGCCUGGAGAAGGUGAAUUCAACGUGACAGGACGGCCUACCCAAGAUGCGAUCAUCAUCAUGAAUAUGGACACCUUGGAUAUCAGAAAGCUCCCUGCUGUCGGCUUCACAGGAACGGCAGGUGACGGCAUCAUGAAUAUCUUUGGCUUUACUGGACUUGACAAGGAUGACGGCUCCAUUGAGCUCUUCGUCACCAACUUCAGACCGUCUGUUGAUCAUGCGACUGGCCAAGUUCUGUCCGACCAAGCCGCGGUCGGGGCCAAUGGCACGAUUGAGGUCUUCAGAUUUGGCCCGCACGCUGAAACGCUGGAACAUGUGCGAACUCUGGCGGACCCUGUCAUCACAUCACCCAAUCGAGUUGCUGCCGUCGAGGGCACCGGGCUGUACAUUACAAACGACCAUGGUCAGCAAAAGACUGGACUCAGAAGUCAACUGUCUGUUCUUUUACAAACUGGCGAAGUCGCUUUCUGCCCUAUCGGAUCAUCGAGUCCCUGCGAGAUCGUAUCCAGUGGACAUGGCUACCCCAACGGUCUGAUUUAUAGCAGUGUCGAUCAGCACAUAUACUUACCUUGCUCUGCUGAAGGCCGGCUCAAAGUCUUGAAGGCCGGCGUAAACAACUCGCUAGAGGUCAUUGAUAAGCUAGAUCCGCCGUAUGCCCUCGACAACCUCUCUGAGGAUAAAGACGGCGUCAUCUGGGCUGCCGCAAUACCGCGGGGCCUCGAUAUUAUGCGGCAGUCAAAAGCUCCGUUUACACUUUUUCCAGCAGCAACUGUCCUCAGAAUCUCACGAGCGAGCAAUGGCACCUACGAGGUUAAAAAGGUCUUGGAAGAUCGCGAUGGCGAAGUCCUACCAGGGGCAACUACUGUCGUUCACGAUGUUUCGAGUAGGAGGCUUAUACUGAGCGGAAUGUUCUCACCCUUCAUCACCGUGUGUGACGGAGUCGAUUAAAGUCUAUAGAUUACUUCCGCCAAUGACCAGUUACUUCGGUGUUCGGACGCUCUUGGGUGAAGUGCGCGGUCAAGGUGUUGAUUGAUUCAAAGCAUGGAAAUCUGGAAAUGUCGCCCUGGUAGGCUGAUUGCGAGAACCAAUGUCGAUUAUCAGUAGGACUGAGCUGGGAACGUGUUCAAUAACCCACCUCAAUCUUCAAUGUAUUCUUAUGUAUGCUUACUAAGUAGGUUAUAUUGUGGC